AUGAACUUUCGACCAACGUUCAGCAACGCAACGAACCUGCUUGAAACACGUUACGCAGUGGAAGUAGAGGACAUAAUCACAAAUCCGCCUGCAACGAAUCGCUACGCAGUACUUCGUUCGAAGCUAAUUGAGAGGCUGUCUAAUAGUGAAGAAGAAUGUGUUCGCCAGUUGAUAAGUGACGAAGAUAUCGGAGAUCGCAAGCCAUCGCAGUUCUUGCGCCACCUACGUUCUCUGCUCGGUCCAGCCCAACUACAGGACAACAUCCUUCGAGCACUCUGGCUACGUCGUCUCCCUGUUAACAUUCAAGCGAUUCUCACAGCUCAAAAUGAACUUCCACUUGAUAAACUUGCGGAUAUAGCGGAUAAAAUCAUUGAGGUUUCACCACAAGUAUCAGUAAAUGCUACGGCAACUCGUGAACACACAAAGUCAAAUGACGACCUCAGUGCUGCUAUUGCAAGACUGGCGCAGAGGAUUGGCGCACUCGAAGUAUCCCUACGCAUCAGAAUACAUCAAAAUACGCAAAUCAAGAUCAGCACAAAUCUACAAGCCGUAUCUGCUGGUAUCAUGCCAAAUUUGGUGAGCACGCGUCAAAAUGUACAUUUCUCCUUGUUCUUACGCGGGAAACUCCAAGGACGGCCAGUAACAGCGGCGACUGACUGUCAAGCACCCAGCCGCAGAAUUUUUGUCUCGGAUCAAAAGUCGAAUCUCCGGUUCUUGAUCGACACCGGCUCUGACGUAUCAUGUUAUCCCAAACGUCUUCUACGAGACCGUCGCACAUCUACAGACUUUGAACUAAGUGCCGCCAACGGUAGUACUAUCAAGACUUACGGAACCUGUUCUAUGACAUUGGACCUAGGCCUUCGCCGUAGUUUUGUAUGGCAGUUCACAGUUGCAGAUGUCAGUGUUCCAAUCAUUGGCUCAGACUUCCUCAGUUACUACCAUUUGCUUCCUGACUGUCGAUUGUUGCGACUUCACGAUGCCACAACUGGACUUGUUACAGGAGGACAACUUUCCGUUACGACUCAAAGUAGCGUAAAAUCCGUAGAAAUAUCACAGAAUGGCAAACAAGUGCGAGUGAGCUUAGUUAGACAGGGUGAAGCCUGCAUAUAUGUUACCCGAAAAGUGUAA